AUGGAGGACUUCGACGACACACAUCGAAAAUCGUUAAAGGUUUGUCACAUAUUUUUUCUAUCCAUUUUUUUCCGGAAACUGGUUUUUGUCGGGGUGGAGGGUUAAAAAUUACAUGAAACCGAAGUUUAUUCUAUGUUUGAUUGAAGUACAAAAUGACUAUUAAGUUACGAAAAUUGAUAGCAAAUUUAAAGGUGAGAGAAAAAAAGCGUGGGUUUUUGUGGGUCAAAUUACCAAACAUAAAGAACUUUUAAAUAAUAAAAUGGAGAGUUUUUUAGUUGGGAAACAUUGAGAAAUUAGGGUAACUUUUCUGGCAUACCACGCUCAGGGUGAGGCAUAUGCACGGCGCCAAUAAAAAUUUAAGGAAAUUCACCUCGCCAAUUUAAGAUUUUCUUGAAAAACAGCAAAUUUUUGCUUGUUUUUCCGUUAAGAAAGUGGUAUUUUUCAGUCGAAAAGGUUGUUUUCACCUCGCCAAAAAAUUUAAAAACCCACACCGCCAACUUUCAAAGUUUAAUUGCACGAAGCUGGGCGUGGUAUGUUUUCUGGUAUCAUUGAAAAAAAUGAAAAUCAAAGUUUCGAAUUAGUUUUGUGGCACUUGAAUAUUGUUUAUGACGACCUCUCAAGUAGAAGCCUCAAAAAUAUUUGAUUUUAAUCCAACAUUUGAAACAUAUCACUGUAAAUUAGUACAUAUUUAAAAAUAAAUUGAACUAAGGGAAUUUUCAAUCAUAAGCACACAAUCACAAAAUAACUUUUCUAUGUGAAACAUAUCUGAAAUUUUUCUGUUCCAUGGAUUUUCAUUCUUUCAAAAGGUUAUUUCCGGCAGGCAUAAGUAUUGUUCUUAUUUUGUGUUGUUGUUUUAUAUCUGAAUCUCUUUUCAUUUUUUGAUGCAUGAUGUUUUUUCUUAAAUAGAUUUUCCAACUCUGAGAUCAAUCAAUAAACUAGAAAAUUGAAAUUCCAGAACUAGUUUUCUUUGAUAUUUUUUUCAAACACAAAAACAACAAAACAAAUAUUUUUGAUUUGACAUUCCAAAAAUCGAGUUGAGUAAAAAUUACACUCUAGUCUAAACAGAUCCUGUAAAAAGAUAAAUCAAAUUGAAUUUGAAAAUGUUCUUCUUCUUCUUUUUUUAUUGUUCCAAUUUUUUUCAAAUGAACAAACAAUUUUUUUUUGAAAUAACCUUAUUACUCAUCAGAUAUUUUGAAAUGACAUGUUUCUGAAACUGAUUGUGAAAAAUUUUCUUUUCUCAAAAAAUUUAGUUAAAUUUUUUAAUCGAAUUAGUCCCUGCUGUCAAAAAACAUCACCGAAUCCCGAAAAAUAUUUUUUAUUCCUCUUUUUUCGAGUCACUUUUCCCCCAAAUCUUCAGAGUUCAUUUGCAUAAUACAUCUUUUUUUCCUACUAAACAGAAAAAUUUAUUUUUCACUAUCCAAAAUUUUACAAAAAUAGAAAAAAAAUUAAUUGGAGCUUUGAUCCAUCCAAAAAACAAAAAAAAAAUUUCUUCUUCAUUCCAUUUUUUCUCUACCCCAUCUUCCUGUUAGCAUUGAAUUACAGCCCAUUUUUCAGCAUUUUUUUCUUUCAGAAAAGAAAAAAAUAUGUAUAUAUGAUCAAAUAUUGUCAUUUUUUCACGGAAAAAAACAACAAGUUUGCAAAAUUUAAUCAACCAGUAAAAACAACUUUUUCUUUUCUUUUUCUUUCCGCAUUUUUUUCUUAUUUAUUUUAUUUUUCAUACAUAUUUACGUACAUACAUGUAUGGUUUGAUGGUUGAUAAAACAUACUGCAAAUUUUUGUUUAUAUACUUUUUGUUGACCACGUGUUAGUUAGGCUAAAUAUUUCUAUUUCAUUUUGUUUGUUUGUUCCUUUUCUCAUUCUGAAUGUGAGGAACAAAGGUGACUCAAAGUUUAAACAAAAACAUCUGGAAUUCGUUUUCAUUCUUUUGCCCCCGAAAAAUUGAUAUUCAAAAAAUGUUUUAUUGAAUAGAUUUUUCGUUUUCGCAUGAAUUGUCAACAAUGAUGGUUUUUUUUUGAAAAAAACAUCAAAUAGAAGUUCUCUACUUUACUUUACUCUGUGAGAAAAAAGGAGAAAAGAAACAAAAGUCCAUUUUGCCUCAUUUAUUCAUUAUUUUUUUCUUUUCUUCAUGAUCAGCCACGACUUUUUCAAUUUUCGUGUGUUUUCCUGUCCAAAAAUACAUAUAUUACUUUUCUAAAAAUAAAAAAGGACAUUUUUUGAUCUUCCAAGGAAGUUGAAAAAAUCGGAUUAAUUUCCAUAAAUUACAUGUAUACCACGCAUUUUAGCUACAUUUCUCUUCCCCAUUUUAUCAAUUUUUGUGUUGAUAAAAAUAUCAAAUUCGUGCUCUUUUUUUUGUUAUUUUUGUUACGUUUUUGAACAAAAAUGUACGUUUUCUUCAAAAAACAUAUCCUAUAGCAACAAAUGUAGAACAUAUUUUAUAUUUUAUUUUCACUUUAUUCAACGGAGGAUUUUUUUUUGAAACAUCUGCUGGAAAUCUGUCAACUAGUGUGUUUUCCGUCAAAAUUAACUGCCGUUCUAUCUGAUUAGUUCUUUUUUAAGCUUGAUUUUUAUUGAUUCAAUUAAAAUUUGAAACUUUUGAGACUGUUCAUCUUGACUCGUUCAUUUCGGUAAAAAUGACUUAAAAACAAUAUUCUAUGUGAAAAACAAAUUCAAUAUCUGAAAAUAAAAUUAGAAAUAAAGAUCCUCUUGAGAUUUUGUUGCCCUAGCACUCUUGUUCUUCUCUUUCUUCCUUUUUUCUUAUGCUCAUCAAUUUCACAUCAGCUCGACCGAAUAUGGUUGAACAACGAAAACAUCGAAAAAUAACUGUGUCUGGCGCCGAAUCGGCCCCAAAAAUUGAAGAAGAGCAACAGAAUCGUCAAAGAUCAAGACGAGCAUCGCUCAGCGUUGUUUAUCAUCGAUUAUUGUCAUUUUCGUCGUCUCCAAGUAUCAAGGUAUAUGUUAUUAUUUUUUUUUUCUUUCAUAGUUAGUAGUAUUUUAAUCCGAUUUGCACUUAUGAUUCGUAAGCCUCGGAAAAAAAUAAUAAGUCUAUUUUUGUUUAUUAGUGAUGAUGGAGGUAGGUAGUGCUCAAAGAUUAGGAGCAUGGGAAAAUUAAGUGUUUGGUUUUUGGUGUGAGUUUUAAAGAACAUUGGUGGGGAGGUAAUUAAUGGUCUCUGAAAUGUUUUUGAUCUCUGAAAUUCUUCAAUAUUCUCGUGUAAUUAUACAGUUGUGUAUUUUUUUUUACAUGUUUCUAUUUUUUUCAAGUUUCACUAACUAGAGUAUCAAGAUGAGAACACCCUGAAAAACAAUAAUAAACUGAAAAUAGAAUAGAGACCCCGUGGGGUGUCUUUAUUUUUGUCUGUUUAAAAAAAAAGUUCGAACAUCGUGGGUGGCCUAUCAAUUUUGCGGGUGUUCUGAGGUCUUCAAAAAAAUUAUCAAGUCAUAUAUUUUGAAUUUUUGAAAAUUGAUGUUCAAAACAGUGUGGGUGUUCCAAGGAACUCGUUUAGUGAAUCCUGAAUAUCAGAAAAUUUUUUGGUUUUUAAGAAGACCAGGAAAAACUAACUCACACAUAUAUUUGGAUAAAAAUAAAAAGUUUUUGAAACAUAUACGUUCAGAAAACUCUUAAACUCCAAUCAUUUUUUCAGCGUCAAAAGAAAGAAUACAAAGAUGAGAAGCGUCGCGUCAACGAUGAGCUCGUCUCAGCUCUUAAAGAUCCAACAGUCGUUGUUAUGGCCGAUACGCUGAAAAUCCGUGGUGCACUCAAAAAAUGGAAUCGUUACUAUUGCGUUCUAAAACCUGGUCUUCUCAUUAUCUACAAAAAUAAAAAAGCAGAUCGUGGUGAUUGGGUUGGAACUGUUCUUUUGAAUCAUUGUGAGAUUAUUGAGAGACCAUCAAAGAAAGAUGGAUUCUGUUUCAAACUUUUCCAUGUGAGUUUUCAAAAAAAAAUCGUUUUUUUUUUUUAGAAUUUCAGAUUAAUUAUUGAUUUUUUCAGCCAAUGGACAUGAGUAUUUGGGGAAAUCGUGGACCAUUGGGACAAUCAUUUGGAAGUUUCACAUUAAACCCACUAAACACCUCAUUUUUGAUUUGCCGCGCUCCUAGCGAUCAGGUGAGCAAACGAGCGAAGAAAAAAAAAUGUUUUUUUUUUCAAUUUGUGUUAUGAUGAAUACGAAUUAUGACUAAACAUUUUUCAUUUUUUUUCCAAUUUUUUUUCUGCAGGCCGGACGAUGUUGGAUGGAUGCUCUUGAGCUUUCUUUCAAGUGUACUGGAUUGCUGAAAAGAACCAUGAAUCAAGUAAGAUUAUUUUUGCAAAAGGGAAUGGGAUUUUUCUUGAAUACAGAACUGAAAAAAGUAGAAUAAUGUUUGAAAAAAAUCUGAAAAUCUCUCCCAAGCCUCUUCCCUCUAGUUUCUGAACCAACUUUUGUUUUUCCAGCUCGGUGAAAAACACGAUGAAAGUGGUAUGGUGGAAGGUUCGAGAGAUGAAUCAAGACUUUCAAGAGACUCUGAUGGAGAUGAUGGAAGUACAAAGUUUUCCGAAACUGAUGCUGAGAAACAUUUUCAAGGAAUUGAUGAUAUUGAUCACGAAGAUGGAGAUGGUCAAAAAUCAGAGAGCAGCGAUACAAUUCGAGAAAAUGUUCAGGAAAGCGCGUGGAUUUUAAGCCCUAAAGAAACGGUAAAUUAAUUUAUUUCAAAAAACUGAUUGUGAAGCAAAUUGAAACAUUUUGUUUUUGUAGUUUGGCACAGCCGCUUCACAAACAGAAGACGUGGCUGAAGAAAAUAAAUCACUGAUUUGGACGUUGCUAAAACAAAUUAGACCAGGAAUGGAUUUAUCAAAAGUCGUCUUGCCGACAUUUAUAUUGGAACCCAGAUCUUUUUUGGAAAAAUUGGCGGAUUACUAUUAUCAUGCUGAUUUGAUUACAGAGUUAGUUAAUUUUUAGGAAACUUGGAAAAUAUGUUGUGAUGUGUCAAAAAUUAAUUAUUUUAUUGUUAAUUUUUUGUGAGAAAACCUAUAUAACCCUCAAUGUUUCUUUUUUGCAGAGCUGUUGCUGAACCUGAUCCAUACCAAAGAAUCGUAAAAAUCACCAAAUUCUUCCUUUCCGGAUUCUACAAAAAACCAAAAGGUCUCAAAAAACCUUACAACCCAAUUCUUGGUGAAACUUUCCGAUGUAAAUGGGAACAUCCAGAUGGAUCAACCACAUUUUACAUUGCUGAACAAGUUUCACAUCAUCCACCAAUUUCUUCAUUAUUUAUCACCAAUCGGAAGGCUGGUUUCAAUAUUAGUGGAACAAUUCUUGCAAAAUCAAAAUAUUAUGGAAAUAGUUUAUCUGCGAUAUUAGUUGGAAAACUUCGCCUAACUUUGCUCAAUUUGGGUGAAACUUAUUUGGUGAAUUUGCCAUAUGCAAACUGUAAAGGAAUCAUGAUUGGAACCAUGACUAUGGAACUUGGUGGAGAAGUUAAUAUUGAAUGUGAAAAGACGGGUUAUGCAACAACUUUGGAUUUUAAAUUGAAACCAUUUUUGGGUGGACAAAUGAAUCAAGUUGAUGGGGUUAUUAAGUAUGGUAGAGAAACAAUGGCAAGUAUUGAAGGAGCUUGGGAUGGUGUUGUGAAGAUUAAAGGAUCUGAUGUGAGUUUAUAUAUUCAAUAAAACGAAGCUUUACUAUUUUUCGCGAAACUUAAAACUAAAAAAAAUAAUCCGUAUUUGUCAAGAAACAUUUAAUCCUUACAAUUUUCAGGGUAAAAAAUCGGAACUCUGGAAUCCAACUCCUGAUAUCAUCAAAACCCGCUUGCCAAGAUAUGAAAUUUCGAUGGAAGAACAAGGCGAAUGGGAAUCCGCAAAACUAUGGAGCCAAGUCACUGAAGCCAUUGCAAACGAGGAUCAAUACAAAGCCACUGAAGAAAAAACUGCACUUGAAAAUGAUCAAAGAGCCCGCGCAAAAUCUGGAAUUCCACAUAAAACCAAAUUUUUCAAACCAAAACCAUAUGAUGAUGAUGAGUUCGAAUAUAUUCAUGCAGAGUCAGUUUUUCUUGUUUGUGUAAAAAUAAAAAGUCAACAAAUUUGAAUUUCAGCUAUCGCCCAUGGGAUAAUAACAAUGAUAUUCAACAAGUCGAGCAUGAUUAUGUGGUGAAAACAAUUUGUGCUCACCCGAGCGCAAAAGCUUGUACUAGCACAAUAAGAACUAGUGAUGUGAGUUGUUUUGACGUUUUGCUAUGAUUAUUUUUGGUUGAAUGCUUAUUUUGAACAUCAAAGCUCAGCUUGAUUGGGAGAUUUAGAAAAGCUGUCUGAAAAUCAAGGGGAUUCAUUCAUAUUCAGAAAAAAUUUUGAUUAAAAGUUUAAAAAUGAGGCACUUAUUUGACUUCGAUCACAUUUCUGCAAAAAUUAGAAACCCUUUCAUUUCUAAACAAAAAUAACCGUAGUGAGAGGUUUACUUACCGAAAUUUCUAUAAGUCUGAAAAUUUAGAAACUUUAUAAUAUUCGGUUAACCAAAAUCACGAGAAAAUUAGUGAAGUCUCAAUUGAAUUUUUCGAGCUGUGAAGUUCCAAAACUAAAAAUGUAAUAUUCAGCUCGACUCUGAAAACAGUGACAGUGAAGAGGAACGCGUUAUCCGCAAAAAGUCCGUCAAAAGUCUACACCAACAACAAGCCGCUCCAUCAGACGUCGAAAAACUCCUCAAAGAUUUAUCGCAACAAUUUGAAAUUGCUAUCAGAAAUUUUGAAGCGCACAGCGAGAAAAACUCAACAAAAUUAAUUCACACUGUUCAAUCAACUUUGCUUUUUGUAUUUGUAUUGCUUUCAGUUAUCCAAUCAAUUUUUUUAUUUAUCUAUGUUAGAAAAUAA